AUAUUAGACACGCCUAUUUGAGCGACCAAUAUGUUUCUUUUUUUAGGUUGGAACUCGUCCGAAUAUACCUCCGUAUUAUACAGAGCAGUGUUAUAUAAGCUUAUAGACUAAUGCAUAUUUACGAUUCACAUUAUUUCCAGUUUGUUUAUACUUGAUUGGUAAAGUCAAUGUAAAAUCAAAUAUAAGAAAUUCAUGUUAUUGAUAUACUAUUUAUAUUUACAGUGCACUGAAGGGAAUUCCAAAUCAGCAUGUCAAAAGUCGGACAACUGUCUGUGUUUAUAAAACCACAGUGUUUGAUAAAAACGGACGAUGAGGGAAAACUUCACGUAGAAGAGAAAAUUAUUUCUGAAAUAUCAACCAUAAAGGAAAGCCUGGUUGUUGUUGCCAUAGCAGGUCUGUACAGAACUGGCAAAUCUUUCCUGAUGAACAGAUUGACCAAUACGGAAUCAGGUUUUCCUGUUGGACAGACAACCGAGGCAAAAACAAAAGGAAUAUGGAUAUUCUGCAGAAGUCACCCCACGCAAGACAACACAGUUCUGGUACUACUAGAUACCGAAGGACUAGGUGAUAUCAAAAAGGGUGAUGUGAACCAUGACAACAAGAUUCUUACUCUGACGGUCUUGCUGUGCAACGUUCUAUGUUACAAUAUUCUAAACGUCUUUGACGAAGACGCCGCAGAGAGACUGGCAUUUAUAUCGAGCAGCAUUGGUCAGCAACAGAAUGAAUUCUCCCCUGAUCUGAUACUAUGUAUUAGAGAUUUCAGUUUAGAAUUAAAUGGAAAGACAGAGGAAGAAUAUUUAGAGGACAGUCUGAAAUCCCUAGAAGGUAACAGCGAAAAAGUGCAAAAAUACAACAUGUCUAGAUCAUGUAUAAGAAAGAGUUUUCCACGAAGAAUGUGCUUUACUUUUGACCGUCCAGCUGAAAGAACGGACCUCAAACGUCUAGAUAAGCUUACAAAGACGUCAUUUAGUCCUGAUUUCAUGGAAGAUGUUCGUAAAUAUGAAAAGUAUCUAUACGAAAGAAGACCAAAAUCUGUAUAUGGCGUUACAACACUUGACGGCUUCAUGCUAACUUCAGUAACGAGGUGUCAUAUCGAGUCUGUAAAUUCUGGAAUGGUUCCAGAGGUGCAGGACGCCCUACAAAAGGCAUGUGAACAAGCAAAUGAAAAGCAAGUUAUCAACUUCGACGAAAAGUUCAGACGUGAACUUAAUGACAUUAAACUUCCUGUCUUAAGUUUUAUAAAAUUUGAAGAAUUAUGCAACAGUAAAGCUGAGCGUCUAUUGACUGAUUUGAAACAACAUCUGCGAUGCGAUGACAACAAAAUCUUUAAGAAGAAAGCUAGGGAACAGAUGGCAAAGAUAAAAGACGAAAUAUGGCAAAACAACUUUGAACUUGUUGAUGCACAUUGCACUGGCAAGCUGUUUCAAUUGUUUAGCACCGUGGUCGGAUUUGAACACAAAUAUAACCGAAUAGGUGGACAUGAAAACUACAGAUCAGCAAUUAAGUCAUUCAAAGCAUAUUAUCGGUUUCAUUGUAGUGAAGCUGACCAAAAACUGAGGGAGCGGGCUCUGCAACGUUUCCUAGAUGAAAAGACAGAAAUAGAAUCAAGGAUAAUGACGGAAGACCGUAGACUAACUAAGGAAAAGGAAGACAGACAGAAAGAACAGAUGCGACUGGAACAUGAAAGACAAAGACAGGAAUCUAUUCGUCGGUAUGAAGAACGUCAACGAGAGGAGGAGGCUAUGAGGGAACGCGAACGGAUGAAGCAAGAGGAGUUCUAUAGAGCACAAGAACAAAACAGGCGAAGAAUUGAAAAACAGGCUAGAAGAGAUAAUGCAAGGUACCAACGACAAAUAAAUAGGUUAAAAGAAGAAAAUCGAGAUGAUCGCGAAAACUGGCGGCGUCAAAUGGAAGAUUUAGGAGGAAAUAGGAAUCGUGAAGGGUAUACCUCCACUUUCGUGUUUUACGGUGAUGGUGGUGGUGGUGGUGGGAAUGAUGGGAAUGAUGAUAACUAUUAUGAUGACUAUGAUGCUUAUUGCGAUUCUGAUGAUUGGUGUUAUUGAGGUGAAACUCGUGUUGGCCAAAUAAUAAUCAGUAAAUCACAUCACCGUAUUAAACACAUACGCACGCACUAAUGAUGACUGUAUAAGUCUACUGUAGUUUGUAUUUAUUGUCCUUCUCAUUCCAUUUUGUAUUGAAGUCACCCUUAUAGGCUUUUACGAAUCAAUACUUCUGUCUAAAUAUAGAUGACUUAUUUCUUUAUUUGUAAGCGUCCCAUUUACAUUUUAGUAAAUACCAAAUCCUAUAAAUAUUUGUAGUAAACACCAAAGCCUUUAGUAGAAAUUAUUUAAAGCACUGACUAGCCAUCAUCUUUUGCAAAGUGCCUGUGUAAAAUAUAAAUGUUUUGAAAGAAAGUAAUCGACUAAGAUGCCUUUAAAAUGAUGAACACAUUAAACAUUUACAUGUUCUGUUUUUAAAUAAUAUCGCUUUCACUUCUUUUGUUGUUUCUCAUAAACUCUGUAACAAAAACUACUUGUCAGUGAGGUGAGAGUAUAAAAUAACUGCAGACAUCUGUUAACGAACUAAGUAGAAGAUCAGUGUAAGUAAUGUUUAUAUACGUUUAUUUGAAUAAGGAUGAAACUUACCUUACUUAAACAACUCCAACUUGUUUAUAGCGGUUAUCAAGGAGACUGACAUGUGACAAGCCUUUAAAACAUAGACAAUUAUUAGACAAUUGUACUUUUUAAUAAUCGUGAUUUUUUUGUAAAAUAUUUCGCUCAAAGUAAAAGACCUUAAUACGCAUAUGUGAAUCGAAAAUGAAGCAAGAGUAGAGAUUGCAUAGAAAAUUAUGAAAAUAACUUGUAAUCACCUGUAAUAUUUUCACGUUGGCGUAACUACAAGUGAAAAUGUAAGAUAUGUUGUAUACCCGAAAGGUGGGCUCAAAACACUUUACAUGAACCGUAAUGUAAUUUUAUGACUCUUUGUUUGCAAAUUGUUAUAAGCGCUGGUUAUCCCGAAUUAAACUUGCAACUGAUA